UUUCUCUUCAUUGCUGAUUACUCACACCAACCAGCUCACAGCCAAAGAGCUCCUCGGUCCCUGCCACGCCGAUCGCGCUUUAAACCACAACUUUCCCCCUGAAAAGAAACUGAGAUUACCAGAGGAAUUCUUUGCUCAAGUUUAAAGGACACUCAUAAGCCUUGAGCCCAAAAAGAGGCUUGACAGAGAGGAAGAGCUUUGAUCCAACAUUUUGACGGUGUUUCCAUCAAAGCUGACCGUCGAGUUCAAGUUCCUGCAAGUUUAUAACAGAUCUAAAGACUCCAGAGGCAGCAAUGACUCAGAGCAACGGGGAGAACCCACAAAGGAACCGGAGGGGUCCCCACCAGAUCCGGUCCGUGAUCCAGGCCCGAUCCCUGCUGGCCAGGAAGAGAGUGCAGAGCAUCAAGAAGGAGGAUGUGAAAGCGUUCUUCAUGAGGAAUGCCUUCGUGCUCUUCACCGUCACUGCUGUAAUUCUCGGCAUCGGACUUGGAUUUGCCCUGCGACCUUAUAAUCUCUCUUACCGGGAGGUGAGAUACUUCUCGUUCCCCGGAGAGCUGCUGAUGAGAAUGCUUCAGAUGCUCGUGAUGCCCCUGCUGGUUUCCAGCCUCAUCACAGGGAUGGCCGCCCUGGACGGCCGUGCUUCUGGAAGAAUGGGGUUGAGAGCGGUGAUCUACUACACCACCACUACCGUUAUUGCUGUGUUCAUCGGUAUCGUCUUGGUUCUCAUUAUUCACCCUGGAAAAGGAUCAAAGGAUGAGUUCUCCAAACCGGUGCAGAUACAGGAGAUCAACCCAUCUGAUGCCUUCCUGGAUCUCAUCCGAAACAUGUUUCCUCCGAACCUUGUGGAGGCUUGCACCAAACAGUUCAAGACGCAGUAUGCCAAGAGAGAAGUCUACGUUACGAUUACAGUGAAUGACAGCCUGGUCUCAGUCAACGGCAGCCAGCGGAUCACCCAGGAGGAGCUGAUCCCAGUGCCGGGCUUGGUUAAUGGCUUCAAUGCUCUCGGCAUGGUGGUAUUCUCUGUCUGCUUCGGUCUGAUCAUCGGGAGCAUGAAGGAACAGGGGCAGCCUCUCAAGGACUUCUUCGACUGUCUCAAUGAAGCCAUUAUGAGGCUGGUCGCUAUAAUCAUGUGGUAUGCCCCUGUCGGCAUCCUGUUCCUGAUUGCUGGUAAGAUCGUGGAGAUGGACGACAUCACAGCCAUGGGUGGCCAGCUGGGAAUGUACACAGUGACGGUCGUUUGCGGCCUGCUCAUCCACGCCUUAAUUGUCCUGCCAACGCUCUACUUCGUCGUCACCAAGAAGAACCCCUUCGUUUUCAUUGGCGGGAUUUUGCAGGCCCUCAUCACUGCCCUGGGAACAUCAUCAAGUUCUGCCACACUGCCCAUCACUUUUAAAUGCCUGGAGGAAAACAACAAGGUGGACAAGCGCGUGACCCGCUUCGUGCUCCCAGUCGGCGCCACCAUAAACAUGGAUGGCACAGCUUUAUAUGAAGCCCUGGCUGCCAUCUUUAUUGCUCAGGUCAAUGACUAUGACCUUAACUUUGGACAGAUUCUCACCAUCAGUAUCACAGCCACAGCAGCCAGUAUUGGUGCAGCUGGAAUCCCUCAGGCAGGACUGGUCACCAUGAUGAUAGUGCUAACGUCUGUAGGCCUGCCCACUGAUGACAUCUCACUCAUCAUUGCAGUUGAUUGGUUUCUGGACCGAUUACGCACCGUAACCAACGUCCUUGGAGACUCCAUCGGUGCAGGUAUAGUGGAACACCUGUCUCGCCACGAGUUGCAGAAGAAGGACCCCGAGAUGAGCAACUCGGUGGUGGAGGAGGCCAACAAGAAGCCGUACCAGCUCAUCUGCCAGGAGAAUGAGUACGAUACCGAGAGGCCUGCUCACAGCGAGACAAAAAUGUAGAUGUUUGCCCGAGGUUGCUUACAUUCCUCGGAAAAACCAUUGCACUGCAUUGAGCCGCGCUUUCAAACUAUGCUCUUCUUCAUUUGAAAACCUUCCUGUCGCAAGAUUGGAGGUUUUUGAAAUCAAUCGAUCUACAGCUAGGAUAUUUUUCCGCCAAGAUGUGUGAGAUGUAGUGUGGUCUUUCCUGAAACACUGUGACUUCAAGUGGUUUGCUGUUGCGUUGUCUUUCUUAAGGUCUGUGGUAUGAUGCUGAGUACUAUAAUUGCCAUCGAAGGGCAGCUGUUUACUAUUAAGACGGAACUACUUUAGAGCCUGAUGGUCCCUGCACGUCAUAUCCAACCUCUCUCAGAACUGUGAUGACUAAUCUCCCCCACUAGAGGUCAGUAUUGCUGUGAGUCUCCACGCUGCAGCAGGUACUCAUACAGACCAUACAGAUACAGCCCAAACUUGCAGAGACCUGGCAUUAAGGUUGUUGUUUUUGGUUUGUUUGAGCGGUGUUUCAUGUGAAAAUGUAAGAGAAAUGGUUGUCAAAUUCUGUCUGGAAACUGAUAUGAAAAGUGUUGUAUGUCAUGUACAUACACUGGGUGUCUGGGCCAGUUUGUCAGUGUGGGGGGAGGACGGCUGCUUAUUUGACCAACUUCUGUAUGGACUUUAUUUGGUAUGAUUUGGUGCAUCUUCAUCUGACUGAGUGAGUGAUGUAAUUUACUCAUAGGCACACAUCACUUUGUCUCGUACUUGUCCAAACCAGAAAGUGCUGUCAAUAUAUCUUGCCUUUUCCCCCCACACACAUUCCUGAAGCCAAUCAUUCCAAUCAUGAAGACUAAAGAACCAAAAUCACUCACUGUGUUUUUACCCUUACAUUUUAUCAGCUGAGAAUUUGAAAACGUAAUCAAAUCAGAAUUUCAAGCCAUUAUAUAUCAACCAAUAAAGCACCAACAAUACUUUCCAAAUUUCUCUAUAGUUUAUUUCAAUUAUAUCUGCUCAUACCUAAACGUAUUACUAACCUGCCCAAUAAUACAGUACUGCUUCAAUGAGGAGCUAGAUUAUUUCUGAUGCUGAGUGUGAGCUAAUCCUAGGCCCUCUAACACGGGCAUGAACUAAAAAAAAAAAAUGUUUAAACAUUCACUUGGCAGUAUGAAAUAUUUCUUUUAUACUAAAUUAGUAGUCCGUUUUUACCUUUAAUUAGUCUUUUCUCAAUUCAGAUUUUUUUUUAGAUAAUACACUAAUGUUUAUUUCAUUCGAUUUAUUAUGGAUGGAUGUUUUAAAGUAACACAUUUCAGUGAAUUCCCAUUUCUUUUUUUUUUAGCUAGCUUUUACUAUUCACUUAAGAUAACAAUGCAUAAGUGGCUUUGUACAGAAUGUUUUUUUUUAAUAUACUGUACUUGUGUAGAUAGAUGUAGAUAAAUGUGUACAUUAAUUAUGGAUUUAAAAUUUUAAAAAGUUACUUGAGGAUUGCAUCUGUUUGUUUGACCUUGUUCUAAGUAACCAACCGUAUGAUCAAACUAACAAUACCUCAAGUUACUUUUACAAAUGCAAAACCGGCUGAUUUAUUAAAGGACCAAAUAUUGUUCUCCUUUACACACUUGAGGAAAUGGAAUAGUUCCUUUGUUUACAGUUGCGGGUGUUUCUCUUGAUAUGAUGUUUCCCUCAUGAAUUCACAUGUGACUGCACACACACACACAAACACACACACGAUUGAAUAAUAAUUUUAGUUUUGAUCUUGCAUGGAUUUUUAUGAAUUAAAAAAAUAAACCUA